AUGUCUGCAAACCAAUCGCUGUUUCACCUUGAGAACCCUGCUCGCGCUGACGAGUGGGCUACCUUUGACAACUCCUUCGAGUUUGCAUCAGGGUAUCUGGAAAGCAAUCCACCCUCCCUGGACUCGAUCUCUCCAAAAGACUUGGAGUUAGUCUACAGUGAUGCAGACGCUCUGAACUGGGACUCGGAAGCCGCUCAAUGGCCUCAGUCAGCCUUCUCCGACCUUGUGGCAUUCGAGGACCCUUUAAUAGGAAGCACAGAAAUGCCAAUGGACAUGGCUGGCUUCUCCGAAAAUGUUCCUCCACUACCGUCGUUUCCCGAAAUGGAGUGCUCCUCCUCGACGUUUGACGCCACAUGGUCAUCAUUCAACGUCUCAAAUAUGGAAGAAGCCUUCUACUCACCUUCGAACUACCGACAACUGAUUGAAUCUCAGGCAGCCGCGGACCCGCGCUGCUUCUCGAAAAAAGAAAAGCGUCUUGAGGCUUCCAUUGCUUUGCACCUACAGCGCCUGCAAGAUGCUGCAACGACUGAUUUCAAUCUCUCUUCAGAGUCAUGCGGCAGCUUUUCCUCUCCAUGCUGGCCCGGCUCUGCUGCAGGAAGCGCAUCUGAGCCGCAGUCUCGGGGGAGCCCAUCCAGCACAUCAGCCUCUGAACCCUCCACCAAGUCAUCUACCCCACCCUCUUCAAGACCGAGCCCGGCCAACGGGGGAGUUGAGUUGGUGCUUGAUCUGAAUAUGAACACUACCACCAAUCUGCCGAAAAAGCAGAAACCCCGAUCCCAAGCUCAGAAAGAAAACUACAUCAAAGUUCGGAAACAUGGGGCCUGCGAGAAACAUCGAAAACAGCAUAAGCGGUGUAAUUGCCUCGACAAGUCUACUUCUCGUGUUCUGAACGACUCUGCCGUCGCAGCGCUAGCCCAAUCUACCAAUGCCCGACUGGAGGUCAGAAACACUGGCCAGAACGUAAUCGUAACCAAGCGCCUCGGCCCCAAUACGCUGCCGACUCCAUCACCCGCAAUUUUGGACAGGAGCCGUGCGGUCAAAGCGGUACCUGGAUUUGUUCAACCAAGCAUUGCGAUUUCGCCAACGAUAAAGGCGAAUGUACAACGUGUGGAACGUACUGUUCACGAUUCCGCUGGACGGGUGAACACCGCAAUCUCACCAACCGUUCCAACGAAUGUCCGACCCUCGGAGCGUUCCGCUCACAAUUCUGCUGGACGUGCAAGCAUGGCCAUUUCAUGGACGCCCGCACCAAACACCCAAGUCAUGGGGCGUAUUGUUCAGAAUUCUGGUGGACACGUUGUUUCGCUGAGAUCUCCGGCGAAUGUCCAACGUUCAGAACGUUCGGCCCAGAAUCUUGUCGGACAGCAAAACACCGCGCAUGGGUAUACUCAAGUUCGUCAGUCACCAAAGGAGGCAAGACCUUGGCGUACAGACCGCCACACUUCGCCGGUGCAAGGUGCAUCGGUAACCCAGAACGUCCAAGUGGCGACUGCUGGAUUCCGCGGCCGGCAAGACGGUGCUGUUUGUGCUGUUCAAUUCACUCCAGGCCUACUCCGCGAGUCGUCCGGUGUACUCCGGCCGUUCAGAUACAAACCGACUUCCCAGCACGACGUUGGAAAGCUGGUCGAAGCCCCAAGCACCCAGGCAAACAAGCACGCAAAGGGCAAAGCAACCUUCUGGCCCAGCAGCUGGGCUUGGAGUCUACCUGGAAGCCAAGCAGAGGUGGUCCAGAAUUCUACUGUUGCCGAAUAUGCUGGUGUGGUUAUUCGCAAAACCGCCCUGGCGUUCUUGGCCUUCUGGCAAUCCUCUACCUCGCUCACUUCAUGGGCAGGAGUACUCCUUGGUCAGUUGGUCCUAUCCUCUUCUCGUCAGCAUAUGCUGGCCAGGAAAGGAUUGGGACUGGCCUAA